UGGAAGUCUUGCAAUGCUGAAUACUAUCGCUGAUGAGUUUUCUAUGUCAACCGUGCAAGUAUUUCAAAAAUGCAAGAUCGUUUUCGUACAUGGUACAGAUAAGGUACAGAAUUCAUUUUUUCAUUAUUUUUUGCCCUGUCUGUUACUUUAUUUAAUAACUUUAGAACAAAGUAUUUAUUUUUGGAGCUUACGUUUCGAGUCAAAAGGCCCCAUCUUUGAAUUGUGGCUCGAAGAUACGUUGCAUAUCAAGCCUGAUAUCGAUGACAAACUGGACACUCUUCCCUGAUUCCUGAAGCUCCUCUGGGGCAUGAAGGUGUUUGUCUAUUUUUAUUGUCCAUUUGAAUUACACAUGGCUAACCUUUGUUUUUUAUGGUAGUGCCCCUUGACUGAGAACAUCUUAAGUUUUGUAGAUGA